UGUUUUAAACACCAAUUUACAAGUCAAUUAGAUUAGGAGGGGCAGAACUGCAUUCUCAAGCAAGCGUUUAAAAACCGUGACUAGCAAUCAUCAUGGUGAAGAAAAUUGUGAUAUUCGGCUCCACGGGAAUGACAGGACUCUGUGCGGUGGAAGCUGCUGUAAAAAAGGGAUUAGAAGUACGAGCAUUCGUCCGCACGCCUUCCAAACUCCCAGAAAAUCUGAAGGGCAAAGUUGAAAUCUUCCAAGGCAAUGUUCUUGAGCCGGACUCGGUCAAUGACGCCGUUGAAGACAUGGACGCAGUAGUCAUAGCCCUGGGGACUAACAACCAACUAGAACCUACCUCGGACCUGUCUGAAGGCACUAAGAACAUUAUUGAAGCUAUGCGGGCAAAGGGUGUGAAGAUCUUGUCAGUCUGUCUGUCAGCGUUCUUGUUCUAUGAGCCUGACAAGGUGCCCCCGAGGUUUGUGGAUCUGAAUGAGGACCACAAGAGGAUGUACCAGGCGGUUAAAGACAGUGGUUUGAACUAUGUUGCUGUGUUCCCUCCACAUAUUGCUGAUGAGCCAAGCAGGGAAGUCAUUGUUGAAGUGAACCCGGAGAAGUCUCCGGGUAGAGCCAUCUCCAAGUACGACCUGGGGGCAUUCCUGGUAAACUCCCUGAGUGAACCUAAGUACUACAAGUCUGUUAUUGGCAUCACCAAUGCGCCCAAAGCUUAGGAUGUAAUUUUUAUGUGGCAGGCAUGCUGUUUGUCUGGUUAGAUUAUUACCCAGUCAUCAUGGGCGUAGGUAGGUACAGGCAGGGGGGGGGGGCAACCGCCCACCCCUGGAGCUCAUAUCUUACAUAUAAUGUAUGCCCCUCUGCGGCCUCUGCCCCCCCCCCCCCGGCCCCCUAUGCCUCGGCGAUAUCAUCUUACCUCCCCCCUAGUUCAUUGGCUGGCUACGCCCUUGCCAGUCUUUCAAUAUUAUUUUUACCUUUUAGAUAUCUUUUAGGUUUACGAACCCUUUGACCGCCACAGACGGCUGUGGACGUCAUCGGAAAGUCUUGCCAAGGACUAAUGCAAAGUUAUGUAAAAAUAAGAUUUAAAUUUGUAUACAGUUUAGUUUUAGAUGUAUAUAAUGCUUUUAAUGUUUCAAAUAAAUAUUAUUUCUGUUUA